AACAACAUGCCGGAGUUCGGCAAAAAAAAACAAAUUGAAGACAGGAGACGACUCACCCCACAAACACAGCAAGAAAAAACGGCUUCACACAAUUUCGUUUCUGUGAUCUCUCAAUUGGCAGAUGAUAAUCUCACAUUAGUGCGGAGCAUAAGUAGCGGGCUUGCGCUUGCUGGUGUGAUUCUAAUAGCGAGAAGCAUUAAAGUGAUCACCAAAUUCCAAACAGUGUCUGAGAUCCCUUCUUAUUUCGUGGAGAGCAACAUCAGCCUCCGUGGAAGAGUUCAUUCUGUCACAGAGCAAGGCCUCCAAGUGGAGCAUUUGCCCAUUUACCUACCGCUGCUUUCACCUCUACUCGCCAAACACAAAGGUUUACCCACGUCCCCAUUGCAGGUGGACCUCGCUGGCGUGGAUCUGACCGCAGAUGGCAAAUUAUGGCUUCAAAGGAAUCUACUCCCCGCUCAAACAGUGUGGUUGAAGCUGAUCAACCGACAUGGCGACAGGCUGCACUGUUUUGUGUUCGAUAGCAAGAGGUCACCAUGGAGCUUGUCUGUGAACGAAGAAGUGCUCCGUCUUGGCCUUGCCCGCAGGGCGCCUUUAGCUGGAAUCUCGCAGCACUCUCGCCUCUACUGGCGUCUGCACAAGCGGCUGCACAGGGCAGAGGUCAAAGCUGAGAAGAAGGGGCUGGGCUUGUGGAAAGAAGAGAGUCAAUGGGAGAGGGCCGUAAAGGCCGUGUGGAAUAGUGCAUUAUUCAGGCUUUUACGGAGGCUCUUCGGGAGGACCUGA